AUGAGCGAAACUCAACUAUCCGAUCAGUACUUGUAUCGGAGCUCGCUUAAGAGCGACCCGGAGAUCAAGGUAUCUUCGAGCAAGCGUGUACCACACGUUAUUGACCUAAAUCAGGGUUCGUACCAGAAUGGUGUCAUCACUAUCGAUGCUACGGCUCAGCUUAACGGUUCCGAGGGCUUCGCAAGCCUUCGUGAUGCCUACAUUAUGCUUCCCUACAAGGUCUCAAUGAAGAAUGGUGGCACUGCUCAAACUGCCGCUGCCAAUCGUCUAUGUGCUACUCUAAAAUGCGGAAAUUGGAACGUUAUUGAUAGUCUGAGUCUGGAACUCAACGGAAAGACUAUCGUCUCUAUGGCUGACUACAAGCUCUUUUGGAACAACGUUCGUGCUCAGACUGGCUACAGCCCUCAGUACGUUGAAAAGCACGGAGCUGAAUCGUUCUUGUACCCUGACGCUGCUCAGUCGGUAUCAUUCAGCUCUGGAUCCGCAUCUACCAGUGGUGAUGGAUAUUCAAACACCAUGGCAUUCUCGUCUUCCUUUGCUGUCUCGGCUCCUCCUGGUGGUGCAACUAUUCCUAAUGAUGGUUUCGUUAAGCGCCAUCUAUCGAAUCCUCCUACGGCUGAAAAAAAUUUAAUUCUGAAAAUGACGUCGUAA